GAAACAAAACAUUUCAAGAUACCCAUAGCUAUUUCCCAUUCCAUUGUUAUCAGCUCUCACGUGAAGAUUAAUUUAGGCGAAACCUUUGGAAAUCAAGCUGUCACUUCCAUGUGCAGUCGCAACAUCAACCUUUACUGCUCAUAACUAAACAGAACCUACGAGGUAUCCCACAAUCAUAAACCAGAGCGCAUAUUCGAUCACAAUAAACAUACACACAAUACAACAAAUGAACAUGGAUUUCUCCAAGUUCCAAGCCUUUGGCAAGAAUGUCUCAGCCUCAUUCACGCCUUUCGCAGCUCGAACCCAACAAUAUGUUAAAGAGAGAUUGGGCCAAUCUGAUGAUAAGACACAACUCCCUCCCGAUUAUAUUGAGUUGGAGAAAAGGGUCGAUGCGUUGAAGAAGGUGCAUCAGAAGAUGUUGUCUGUUACGUCAAAUUUCUCUCAUGAGGGUUAUGAUUACCCGCAAAAUUUGUCGGAAUCGUUCAACGACCUUGGCCGCACGGUUUCCGAAAAAGUUCAACUCCUCUCCUCUGCCACCUCCCCGGCCGAAGCUCAAGCUGCUCUUACAGCCCCUCCAUCCGCAAAACCACAACCCAAAACCUUCAACCAUGCCAUUGCCCGCGCAGCCUUGGCCUCUAGCCAAAUUCUUCAACAACAAAACUCUUCUGGAAAUGAAGAUCCCUUAGCUACUGCCCUUGAGAAAUAUGCUCUCGCAGAAGAACGUGUUGGAGAAGCAAGACUUGCACAAGAUAGUCAAAUUCAAAGUCGUUUCCUCGCAGGUUGGUCUACAACAUUGAAUACUAAUUUGAUGUUUGCGACCCGUGCUAGAAAGAGUGUGGAGAAUUCGAGAUUAUUGCUUGAUGCUGCAAAGGCAAAGGCUAAGAAUCCAGGAUGGCAUUUACCUGGUCAAGCAGCUCCUCAACAUGACGGUCAUGAAGAUGAAAUUCAGAGUGAAGAAGCCAGAGUUGAGAUUGAACAAGCAGAGGAUGAGUUUGUUGGACAAACUGAAGAAGCUGUUGGUGUUAUGAAGAAUGUCCUCGAUACACCUGAACCGCUCCGAAAUCUUGCUGAUCUUAUCGCCGCUCAACUCGAAUACCACAAGAAGGCAUAUGAAAUUCUCAGUGAACUUGCUCCCGUUGUUGACGGUCUCCAAGUUGAACAAGAAGUGAGACGUUCCGAGGCAUUUUCUGCCUAAUCCUCUUUUUCUUUAUUUUUCACUCCUAGAAUCCUUGAGCCAUGUUGCAAUUAUGUUAUUAGAAUAUCACAGUUCAGUUAGCUGAUGAAGUGUAUUCUACGCAGGCCAGCUAUCGAAAAAGUCGUGAUGGUGGAAGUGCUUAAUCACCAUCUAAAGAAUAUUGAUACCAAAAUGAUACUCAAUUCGAGAUCAAAGAAUGAAGUGAUAAGAAAUUGGGAAAUUUGAGAUGUGAUGCGACGCGAUGCGUUAUGGAAUCUUUUUUCUGACUGCUUUUUUUCUUCUGGCGAUUGUAGGAAACUCAGGAUUCGUUCGCUUCGACUAGGACUGGGAGUGAGGCUGGGUGGUAAAGAGAAUAUUUUCUGGGGGGGGGGGGGGAGCAUGUAGGCAAUCAACGUCGGUUGGGAUGACAUAAGUGAAACGGUGGAUAGUUUUUCUACGUUUGGGGGAAAUUUUUGAGAGAGUGCGUGCGUGGUGAUGGUACUUGGUAACUGGACACCUGUCUUGUACGAAUUGUAUUGUUGGUGUGACUUUGGAAGGGCGCAGGUAGCUUUUUUUCUUCUUCCUUCUUUUGUAGAGGGGUUGGGGUUGGUUGGGGUUGGAAGAUAGAUAGAUUGAUACCUAGGUAGGCAUCAAUUCAAGUACUGAUAUUGAUAUUAUAUUUGUGUGAUAGGUCGCCGAAUGGAAAUAUGGGGGGAUUAUAUGCUGUGAGUUGUAUCCUAGGUGGAUGGGAUGUUCAAUUGGUAGGCUGAGUUGGGUUUGUUUUACUGCAAACAUGAAUUUGAAUAUGGAGAUGAUUCUAUGGACGCAUGGCAAUAUGUGGGAGGUUUCUUUGUGCGGAAUGGGGAUGAGAGUUUUCUGGAUUAUGGUUGCAAUAUUGGACAGUAUCGAUGAUGUGAUAUUCACGAAAUGACCGUGGAUGAGUGUGCUUGUUAUCAGUGUAUUUGUAUUCUGGUUAUGAUAAUAUGAGAUGGAGAAGAGGCAGUUUGAUAAUUAGAUGGUGGAAGGUUCA